ACCCCCUUCUUCUGGAGCUUUAUUAAGUACAGCGGUCGUAUUGUGUUUAUGUUUUCUGAAUCUGCAGCAAUGGGGACUGCUGCAAUGAUUUUUGACCUAAACUCUGUGAGCCUUGCUUUGGUUCUGGGUUUAAUCUUUCUGGUUCUGUUUGAGAUGAUGAGGAUUCAUUUCACCAGAGCCCAAAAUCCACCUGGACGCAGACCUUUCCCUUUUGUGGGAACUAUACCUCAUGUUAUAAAGGACCCAAUGGGAUCUAUCAGAUCACACAGUCGAUAUGGAGAGAUGACAACCAUAUACCUGGGAAGCAAACCCAUAAUCAUUUUAAAUACACUUCAGAUCUCCAAAGAAGCACUUGUCCAAGAGGCUUCAACUUUUUCUGGAAGACCAUAUAUACCUCUUUUGGAAUGGUUUUCUAAAGGACUCGGUAUCUUAAUGUCGAAUGGUCACUCAUGGAGACAGCAGAGAAGGUUUGCUCUUCACACGCUCAGAAACUUUGGCCAGGGAAAGAAAUCUCUUGAAGAGCGUGUGUUAGAUGAAGCCCAUUAUCUGGUUACUGAGAUGCUCAAAGCAGAAGGAAUGGCAUUUGAUCCGCAGCACGCCUUACAGAAUGCAGUUUCUAAUAUAAUCUGUUCCAUCAUAUUUGGAGAUCGAUUUGAAUAUGAUAACAAACGCUUUGCAUACCUUCUGAACAUCCUCAAUGAGAACCUUAUGCUGACAGGGUCUGCUUUGGGACAGAUUGUCACCUUACUUCCCUUCCUCAUGCACUUCCCUGGACCUCACCAGAAGAUCUUUCAGAACAACACUAAGUUACGGGAUGUCAUCCGUGAGGAAGUUAAAGAACACAGACAAACUUUGGAUCCGGAAAACCCACGAGACUUCAUUGAUGCCUACCUGUUAGAGAUAGAAAAACAAAAGUCACACGAGAACUCAACAUUUCAUGAGGAGAACAUGGUUGUGUCAGCAGCCGAUCUCUUCUUUGCUGGAACCGACACGACGGUGACCACCAUCAGAUGGGGACUCAUCUUCUUGAUGGAAAACCCAGAUGUGCAAGAGCGAUGUCAUAAGGAGAUUGUUCAGGUGUUGGGUUAUGAUCGUCUGCCCAGCAUGGAUGACCGUGACAAACUUCCAUACACAUACGCCACUGUUCAUGAGAUUCAGCGCUGUGCCAACAUUGUUCCUCUCGGAGUAGCUCAUGCAACCACACAGCCAACCAAACUAAGAGGAUAUGACAUUCCUAAGGGAACUAUGAUCUUGACAAACUUAACAGCAAUUUUCACUGAUAACGAGCAUUGGAAAUGUCCAGACACUUUCAGUCCAGAGAAUUUCUUGGAUGAAAACGGACAUUUCUACAAACCUGAGGCAUUCGUCGUAUUCUCAAUGGGUCCGAGGGUUUGUCUCGGUGAGACCUUGGCAAGGACAGAACUUUUCCUUUACUUUGUGUGUCUCCUACAGCGGAUUAAUUUCUCCUGGCCACCAAACUCACAGCGUCCAGACAUGGAUGGUAUUAUUACUGCAUUGAGACAUCCUCACCCCUUCAAAAUCAUUUGUUGUAGCAGAGAUGCCAAAGACUGAUUGUCAGUGACUCGAGGAACACUAAAAACUGUCUGCAUCCACAUUCAGAAUUAAAGCUGCUGCUCAGAAUCUACAAAAAAAUUCAAAAUCGUUGAAGGUCCAGGAUUUAUGUAUUGAUUCUUUUUCCAAUCAGUAACUUUUAAGAGUAAAAACACUGUGUUCAGUAGAUUUUAGCGGUGGAGCCAAAAUUUAUAUUAUAUACACACCUGUUGUUCAUUCUCCAGAGUCUUAAAAGAUGUAACUCUACAAGCACACAAAGGCCUGACAAUGUAGACCGAGCUGUGUUAGCUGUGCCAUACAGCGUAGUCAAAGGGCAGGCAGACAAAUCCACUAAGCAAUGAGACAGUCCAGCCAGGCAAACACAGCAAAAACGUAAUCCAGAAACAGUAAUCUGAUGAAACAGGAACAAUGGUCAAUGGACACUUAGUAUGCAUUAAGACUGACAAUACUUAACAACAUGAACAUGGUAGAAGCAUCGUUUAAAUAUAAAAGAUAGGGUGACCAUACGUGCCAUUUUUGCGGGACGUAUCCUGAGCAGUCGUAUUUGUCGACCACGUCAUCAAUGUUUAUUAUUUCAGGUUCUAUAUCAGAAAAGCAACCGUUAUAUUUCAAGGUAAGAAUGAAACUACAAUGAUUGUAUAUGUUUUUAACUGAAGUGUGAGAACCUCGUAGACGAAUGCGGUCGACAAAUAUGACUUCUGGAAGAUGUACCCCGAAAUCCUGUCAAGGACGCAAGGCUGCAGCCUCCAGAUGCAUACGUCAUUAAGACAAGACUUCAAGUCAUCAAGUCCUUUUCCAGACUAUUAACAAUUAUAAAAUUGACAAUUGUUUAUUGGUUAUCGUAAAUUGCUGUAAUAUGCUUAACUUAAAUAAACAAGGCUUGAUGAUGUAUGCAGCUUGCAAAUGCGUCCUUAUGAGUUUUUUUAUUUUUAUACUUUUAUCCUUUACAAGUGUUUAUGUGUAGCUGCCAUGUUUAGCCCUUUAUUUUUGGGUCCUGUUUUUUGAAUAUUUAAUAAACACCUUUUUGUUUUGUA